AAGCCCUGACUGACCUGUGUGCCUGCCCUGACCCUUUCUCCGUGCUGUUCGUAUCGACUCGUUUCCUCUUACCUUGCAGGUGCCGAGCGCUGGUUUGCAGACAACCCGGACAGGCCCGCAGUGCCAAUGCCAUGAGCGUGGCGCAGCAUGUGGAAGAGAAGGCCGUGCACUCGUGGUCCCGGAUCUCCACGGCGGGGAAGAAGGCGCUGGAGGAGGCGCUGCUGGUCUUUAACCCCAUGAGCCAGGAUCUCAGUGCCACGGAGGCCCAGCUGGUGGCCUUCCUGCAGGGCCUGCGAGAGGAUGGCUUCCAGCCGACCGUCCUGCGCAGCGGUGAUGUCUACGGCUAUAGUUCAUGCACAGCCACACCCCCAAGCCAGACGAAGCUGCACGCUCGCGCCCCCAUCCCAGCCACCACGUCACCUCCAGCCAGUGCUCCCCGAGCUGCUGUGCGGCUGCCCGCAGGCCGGGCCACGCUGCUGCCCAUGCCGCUGCCGGGCAGGCUGGCCAAGGCGUCCACACCAGCCCUGGCCAAGCAUGCCGCCACCAACCUGCUGCUGAGCUCCCUGAAGGAGUCCAGUGCCAGCCACGCCCGGGACACGGCCAUGGGCUUCCCCACACACCUCUAUCCAGGCGUCUACCCUGCCAUGCGACUCUCCGUUGUCCUAGAGGCCCUGGUUCCACUCAAGACUCCCGUGCCCCACUUGGGUGCCAAGCACGAGACCCAGUCGCUGCAGCUCUCCCUUGCGGACUCUCCUCUGAAGCUGCGGGAAGGUCCCGGAAAGAGGCUGGCGGUUCCCAGGAAAGUCACCAGCACGGGCCCGAAGUGUGUGAUUCGCAGGGGCCCCAGUGCUGGACCCCAAGAAAGCACAGGGCCCCAGAGCAAGACCUGCAGAGCCACUGGAUCCCUCCUUGGCCCACAAAUGAAAGGUGUCUCUGCCUUGAGCACCAAGACAGCCCAGGCCAAGGCAGCUCAAGCACUAGCCAGAGUUGCCUGUGCCCAGGCCACGGCGGCUCAGACUCAGGCCAAAGCUGCCAAGGCCCGGGCAGAAACGAAGGCAGCCUGGAUCAAGGCCAAAGCCAAGGCCAGGGCAGCGCGGGCCAGGGCCAAGGCCAAAGCCAGGGCAGCGCGGGCCACGGCCGCUCGGACCCAGCCCAGGGGCCGGGGCCGGGGCCGGCUGAAAGGGUCUGUCCAGGCCAGGACUGCGAGGAAAGGCCAGAAGGGCAGCCCUGGGACUGGGGGGCAGAAGAGGAAAAGGACUGAGGAGGCAAAAGAUCAUCUUCCCCAGAAGAGAGCCCGGCUCGGGGCCCGGUCCCCGAAGGCACGCCUGCGCCUCGGAACAUCCACGCUGCUGACACUCCGGGCCUUCAAGGUGGACCAGCGGUCCUCGGACGACGAAGUGCGGCGGCAGGCCCAGCGUGCCCUCCGCGUGAACCUGUCCCCCGUGAUCCGGCUCCAGCCGCUGCUGCCGCACCCAGUACCCUGACGUCUCCGCCGGCAGUGUGUGGGGGACUAAGUCCAGCUGUCCGUGUGGUCACUGGCACAGUGUGCAAUGCCUGUGGACUCCACAACCUUGAGGACUCCGGGUGCCUCUCCAGGGCCCUGGCAGCCACCACCCUUCCAGACCGGAGGGUGGGGGGCUGGUGUGGGGGGCAGGAGGGGGGCAAUCACUGUGACUUGCUGCUCUUCAGGUUGUAUGUCCACGGUUCCAUCUAUCACGUUUUAUACCUUUCCACCUCCCGG